AUGACCAGUCGACCUGUCAGCUCCAAGACCGGAUAUAAUCAUCAAGCCUAUUUUCGAUGGACACUUCAUGUCGAUUGUGCUUUCACGGCAGUCCAGUCUCAAGACGGUGUCCAUGAGAUGGUGGUAGCAUCUGGGAUGACGGCUCCGGAUAGCAUAGCUGAGAGGUAUCGUGCUCGAGCUUCUUCAUUUUCGUUUGUCAUGACCGUUCAAGCAGCCGGAAAAAUGGGACCGCUUGCAUACCACAGCACGACAUUCCAGUCUAGUCUCGAGGACGUUGAGUAUGUCGUGUCAGCUGACAGCGACAAGAUGCGUGGGAGUGGGCGCAUCGGUGUGAACAGUACCCAACAGGACAUCGACAGAAGCGGUCGACAAUAUAUAAUAAGAAAAAGAAAAGCCUCUAAAGCAGAUAUGAUUUGUCGUUGGUAG